AUGGUGUGCAUGGUUCCCUUAUGCCUGUUAUUUCUCAUGACCGGCAUUGUAUCUGCUAUUGGAAAUACUUACUUCAUCGAAGCAGCAAGCCACAUGAACGGAAAGAUUUGGGGCAUAAAGACUACUGUUCUUUUCUUUCCAUUUCUGUUCAACCUUUCCAGAUCCAAUGCCAAGGCAAUUUGGCACAACUGUGAUCCCGGAGUUGGGGUUCUAGUAGCAUUGGUAGUUGCAAUUCUGUGUUGUAUCACAGCUGCAAUAGUGGAGACCUUUAGGUUAGCGGUGGUUAAGAGCCACGGGUUAAUUGACUUGCCGGACGCAACAGUCCCUAUGAGCAGGUUUUGGUUGGUUCCACAGUACGUUUUCCUCGGCGUCGCUGAUGGGCUGUUCGAGCUGAGCAUUGUGCGUUUCUACAUUGCUUUUGUGCUUCAGUGGCCAAUAGAUGCCAACCUUGAAUUGGUGGAGCAGGGCCAAGAUGAUCCCAGGCGUCAAUACGUUCCUCUCUUUGCUAAAGCUAUCUCUGGAGUGGGAAUUCUAUUCAGUGUGUUGUCUGUUCAUGUAGUGGGUGAGAUAAAGCCUGCUUGGUUCCAGCACACGCUAAACACAAGUCGUUUGCAGAAUUACUAUUGGACCUUGGCCGCACUGACUUCCGGUAAUCUGGUGAUUACUGGUUUAGUGUUUUUAGCGUGUGUUUUGGCCUCUAAUUCGUCGGAGGAUUAUCAGCGACUGAGGUAG